GAGCCAUAACUCCGAAGUGACUCAUUCUGAAGGGACAAUGAAAGCUCUAUUAAUUUUAAAUUUUAUUUUGGUUUUAUCAGCCCUUGAGUCUGAACAUCCCCCUGGUCAUCUUAAACCUUUAGGUUCUCAUCAGCCUCCAUUAGGCGUAUUGGACAGCACUGACUUUGUUCCAACGUCUCGGGAAUUCUUUGAUCAAAAUGUUCUUCCGGGAAAACCUGUGCUGUUUAAGGGAGCAGCGAAGAAAAUGCCUGCUUUUUCUAAAUGGACGGAUCAAUAUUUAAGUGAAAAAUUUGGGCAAGAGGCCAUUGAUGUUGAAGAAGGUAAAAAAGAAAACAGAUCACUGGCAACAUUUCAUUUCAAGUUGCAAGAUUUUAUCAGCCGUUACAAAGAUGAAGAUAUUUACUUGGUGGAAACUCUUCCAGCUAAGAUGAGAGAGGAGUAUGCACUUUUAAAGAGUUUAAGUUGUGGAGGCUAUACCAAUGUACUUCAAGACGCUGUUGUUUGGUUCAGCAGUGGUGGUACUAAAUCAGUGCUCCACUAUGAUUCUGUGGAUAACAUCAACUGCCUCUUUGAUGGAACAAAAGAACUAGUCAUGAUUAACAAGUCUCAUCUUGAGCAAGCACACAUCGACAAGGUCAAUGGGGCAUUCUCCACUGUUGACGUAGAUCAAGUUGACAUGUACAAAUUCCCAGGAUUACAGACAAUCCCUUAUUAUAAGGCUGUCAUGGAACCAGGAGAUUGUUUCUUUAUCCCUGCAAGAUGGGUUCAUCAGGUGCGUUCCUAUGGAAAACGAAAUCUUGCUGUGAAUAUUUGGUGGGCUCAUUUUGAAAAGUUUAACCAGUCAGACUGUGAUCACAGUCCUUACAAAGACAAAGAGUUACUUCCUCUUCAUCACUUUGAGUUCCAUCCACAAGAAGCCCUCAGGCAAGCAGCUUUGCAAAACAUUGGUGAAACACCAGUAACCUUGGAGCGUUACUUAGAAAUAAUUCAGGAAGAUGCUAAAGACCUUGGGGAUGAAGUAUCAAUUUUACCAACAGAGACACUAGAGCAGAAUUUUCACGAAAUGGACUUGAACAAGGAUGGUAAUCUAUUUCUUCAAGAUGUCACGCAAUACGUCGUGAGCGCUACAUGA